AUGGGGAAGCUCCUGCUCGUCGGGCAGACCCUGUUCUACGCGGGCAUGGCCCUGCCGACCUACGUCGUCUGGAUCGGCCUCUACACGGUCCAGAAGCCCCUGCUCAAGCUGCUGACGGCGUCGAGCCACGCGGCCAUGCCGCCGACCAUCGACGCCGUGCAGCCCGGGGACUGCGUGUCCAUCCUCGUGGGCCUGCUGGAGCUGCCCCUCUGCGUGCUGUCCUACUUUUACUACUGCUGCAUGCAGCGCGCGCUGCUGCCCAUCGGCGCGAAGAUGCGCAUCAACCUGGCGACGGACAAGUGGACGGACACGCUCUUCCUCAAGCUGGGCCAGGGCAAAAUGGAGCAGAAGACGAUCGUCGGCGCGCUGCUCUUCGGGCCGCGCUGGAACACGCACACGAACGUCAACGCGCUCGCGAUCCUGCCGAAGGGCCGGAAGACGACGCUCACGGUCGAGAACGUCAAGGCGCCGGGCUUCUCGUGGCAGAUCGUCGCCUACGGCAACCACAUGAACCGCGACACCAUCGGCAAGUGCGGCAAGCUCGCCACCGGCGGCGACACCUUCGAGUUCCCCGUCGAGACGAAGGCGCCGUACCCGACGCAGUUCUCGCUCGCGAUCCGGUCCUACCUCUUCGACGGCACCAAGGAGGCGACGCUGCCCAAGAUCUGGAUGGACGGCGAGCUCCUCAACAAGGAGCCCUCGACCUUCUCCAAGGACAAGCUCGCCUUCAACUACGACCUCCGGAAGGCGCAGCGGGCGCACCACCUCGCGCUCCACUUCUACAUCUGGCCCCUGCUCUGCUUCCGCCGCUUCUUCACGGAGCACUUCGUGCGCUGGCAGUACCUGCCCGUGGGCAACCCGGAGACGCAGUGGCUCUACGGGCCCACGUUCGCGGGCUACGCGCUCAACUUCAAGGUCGACGCGGAGAUCCACGCGGACCACCUCGUCUUCUGCUCCGUCUACUCGCGCGCGUCCAUGCCGACGCUGCCCUGCAACGAGAUCCUCGAACUGGACCAGACCCUCCCGACCUGCGACGAGGACGGCUACUGGGCGAUGCGCUGCGUGCGCAAGGACGGCGCGACGACGUCCGAGGCCGUCCUCGAGAAGAUCAAGGUCACGCUCAACCGCGCGUCGAAGAAGGCGGACUAG